AUGGAUAAAGAUAAUCCUUAUAUUACUUCCACUCAUCCUGCAUUGUUUGAUGCAAAAGUAUCCCAAUUAAUGGUUCCGAAUGAGAGAAGAGAACAUGUGAGGGGGGUUGUGAUCAGUUCGUCUCGCGAAUUUCAUUCUCGAUACUGGUUUUUCGAAGCUUCUGGUCAUUAUUCAGUCAAAAGUGCUUAUAAGAGGCUUCAAGUUUUGAAUGGUAGAUGGUCUCGAGGGGAUAAUUUGGGGCUGUGGAGGAAGCUAUGGAACAUGAAAAUUCCAGCAAAAUUCUAUGUCUUCCUUUGGCGUGCUUGCCGCAAUAACCUCCCAACACGUAUUAGUCUGAAGGUGAAGCAAGUUGAUGUUCCUUUGUUGUAUCGUCAUCGUCAUUUAGAAGAUGAGACUGUGGAGCAUGUGCUUGAUGAUUGCUCAUUUUCUCGUCAAUGUUGGCAACAUUUUAACUCUUCUCUCUCGGGUUCUGCUGGUGCGUUGUUUUCUGACUGGUUUUUGAGUAUGGCAAGCAAUUUUUCUUCUUCUAGUUUGGGCAGUGUUGUAGUUAUCUGCUGGGCAUUAUGGAAAGCAAGGAAUGAGUUAGUUUGGAACAAUAAACAGCCGCUUGCAAAUGUUGUUGUGCAGUCUGCAUUAGCAUAUUUUGAUCAAUGGAAAAGUGCGAAAUCUUAA